CACACACGGCCAAAGGCGACCACGACGACAAGAGCAAAGAAGCAAGCAAGCAAGCAAGCAAGGGAAGCACUUGCCGCACCACGCUCACAGCAGAGCGCACGUCGAACUGACACCAACCUUGAACUUGGUUGCCGUACUUGCGUGAGCACAUUCUUAUUACCUUUCUCGGCACCAGCAUCGACAGUUGCAAGACCACAAGCAGCAGUAGCAGCAGCAGCCAUGAGCGACACGUGGGGAACGAGCCAGGGAGGCCUCGACAUUGACUAUGGUGCAGACUCGCAGCCGUCACAGCUGGAUUACGGCGCGGACGACCUCACCAUGACGUCGCAGACACAGGGCAUCUCGCAGACGCAGACACAGACGCAGACGCAGACGCAGCCACACCAUGGUGGACACACGCAAGCGUCGCAGGCCGAUGCAUUCAUGCAUGGUCACGCGCACGGCACGAUGCUGGGCGCGGACGGACACUCCCAACAGGCAGACUACCUGGAUGGCGUGUUUGGCGCGGGUGUCAGUGUGCUGGACGACCUGCAACCGGCGGAAGCCUUCUACCACGGCACGCACCACGCAGAUGCGCUCGCCCACGACCUUCAACACACGCACCUCGGUGCCGAGGACGACCCCAACGCGCCACAUGCCAAGGGCGGCCUGUACGGCCACAGCGUGAUUGAAGAUGAGCAGGCCCAACUUGAUGGCGAUGAUGACGACGAUGAUGACGAUGAUGCGGAGGAGGACGAGGACGAGUAUGAGGCAGACGACCUUGAGGACGACUUGGAGGACGAAGCUGCAGAUGAGGCUGAGGGUGAUGAAGACGCUGACGCGGUGGAGACGUUGGAGAACCUGCCUGAGCACGCGUGCAAGUACUGCGGUAUCCACGACCCGAAAUGCGUGGUCAAGUGCAUCAGCACAGGCAAAUGGUUCUGCAACGGCCGUGGCAACACCUCCGGCAGCCACAUCAUCAACCACCUGGUGCGCUCGAAGAACAACGCUGUGAUGCUGCACAAGGACAGCGCCCUCGGCGACUCUGUUCUGGAGUGCUACACGUGUGGAUCGCGCAACGUGUUCAACCUCGGGUUUAUUCCCGCACGCGCCGACUCGUUUGUGAUUCUCCUCUGCCGCCACCCGUGUGCGUCUCCACAGGUCGCAAAGAACGACGACUGGGACACGACGCAGUGGCAGCCGAUUGUGCAAGAACGGUCGCUGUUGAAGUGGAUUGUGAAAGUUCCCUCGCACAAGGAGCAGAUGCGCGCGCGUCAGAUCACUCCUGCGCAGAUUGACAAACUCGAGGACCUCUGGAGGGACAACCCUGACGCGACGCUGCUUGACGUGAAGAAGCCAAGAGUGGAGACGGCAGCGGAGGCGCAGGAGGAGGAGCUCGCGCGCACCAAACUCAUCUAUGAUGACGUGUACGAGUACCAGAACAUCCUCGGUCCGCUCGUGGAGAUUGAGGCCGAACACGUCAGGCGCAUCAAGGAGGAGCAGCGCUGCGAUGACAUUACGGUGCACUGGGACACGAACAUCAAGCGGCAGUACGUGGCGAGCUUUGAGCUGCCCCGGCAGGACAUCAAGCUCCUCGUCGGCGAUGAACUCCGCCUCUGCUACCCCUUUUCAAAGAACGAAGUCUGGCAGGCCACAGGCACCGUCAAGAAGGUGCCCGACACGCGGUCGGAGGAGGUUGAGCUGCAGCUUGAUCUUCGGCGCCCAUCCCCCUCCGAGCGCUCGCGUCUCCGCUCCCGUCCGCGCAACGGCGACGAGACGGCCGCUGCCAUGCUCACGCUGGAAACGGUCAACACGGGGUACUACCUCGAGUUUGUGUGGAACAGCACCGUGUUUGACCGCAUGCAGAGCGCCAUGCGCCGGUUUGCGGUGAAUGAGGCGGCGAUGAGCGACUACCUGUUCCACCGCUUCCUGGGGCACCAGCUCAACCUGCCCCAGCUCAAGUUUGACAUGCCAAAGAGGCUGUCUGCGCCUGGCCUGCCCGAGCUGAACCAUUCCCAGCUCAACGCCAUUCGCACCGUCCUGCAGCAGCCGCUCUCCCUCAUCCAGGGCCCACCGGGCACGGGCAAGACCGUGACGUCGGCAACACUCGUCUAUCACCUCGUCCAGCAACGCGGCCAGGUGCUGGUGUGUGCGCCGUCCAACAUUGCUGUUGAGCACCUUGCGCAGCGCAUCCACCUGACUGGGGUGAAGGUUGUUCGCGUGGCCGCCAAGACCCGCGAGCAGCUUGAGGGCGACGCGUCGUUUCUGUCCCUGCACAACCAGGUUGAGAAUUACACGGGUUCGAGCAAGUUUACCAAGCUCACCAAGCUCAAGAAGGAGCUGGGCGAGCUCUCAGAGGCCGAUGAGCGCAUGUACAGGCGCCUGUACAAGAAAAUUGAGGACAUCUUCCUGCGAAAAGCGGACGUGAUUUGCUGCACGUGUGCGGGUGGCGGUGACCGCCGCAUUGUCGCCGGCAAGCCAUAUCGCACCGUCCUUGUCGACGAGGCAACCCAGGCAACGGAGCCCGAAAUUUUGAUUCCGCUUGUGCUCGGUGCAAACCAAGUUAUCCUUGUGGGUGACCACUGCCAGCUUGGUCCCGUUGUGAUGUGCAAGAAGGCAGCCAACGCGGGCCUGGCCCACUCGCUCUUUGAGCGGCUCGUUGUUCACGGCGUGCGCCCCGUCCGCCUCCAGGUCCAAUACCGCAUGCACCCGGCCCUCAGCGAGUUUCCGAGCAACACCUUCUACGAGGGCAGCCUGCAGAACGGCGUGACGGCCGCUGAGCGCGAGCAGCCGGCUGUUGAUUUUCCCUGGCCAAACCCGGAGGUUCCCAUGCUGUUCUAUGCCAGCAUGGGCCGGGAAGAGAUGGCAGCGUCUGGCUCAUCCUACCUCAACAGGACGGAGGCGGCGAAUGUGGAGAAGAUUGUGACGCGGUUCAUGCGUGCAGGCAUCACGCCGGAUCAGAUUGGCAUCAUCACCCCAUAUGAGGGCCAGCGCGCGCACAUUGUGCAGUACAUGAACUUCCACGGCGCUGCCCGCCGCUCCUUCUACGAAGCGCUGGAGGUGGCCAGUGUCGACUCGUUCCAGGGCCGUGAGAAGGACUACAUUAUCCUGUCGUGCACGCGUUCCAACGACCACCAGGGCAUUGGCUUCCUCAACGACCCGCGUCGCCUCAACGUCGCCCUCACCCGCGCAAAGUACGGCCUCAUCCUCGUCGGCAACCCGCGCGCCCUCUCAAAGCAAGCGCUGUGGCACAACUUGCUGCUUCACUUCAAGGAGCAAGGCGUGCUCGUUGAGGGCCCGCUUGACCAGCUCAGCCCAUACAUGAUGCAUCUCAGCAAGCCGCGGCCCCUCGCCAACAAGCCUGGGCAGAACCAGCUGAUGAACCAGAUGCUGUACGACAUGAUUCUCCCUGGUCACCCUGAAGUCGUCGGUGGCCACCAGCACCAACAGCAGCAGCAACAACAAAACCAAGGCCAAAGCCAACAGCAGUAUUUGGGCAGUGCGCUGCCUGCGAUGCCUCGUGAUGCGUUUGGGCUGGUCGGCUUUGACGCAACGGCCAACUUGCGCGUCCCCGCACAUGUCCUGCACGACCCACAACAGCCAUUCCUCAGCCAGCGCUCGCUGCCGUCCCAGUUCUCCCAAACGCUCUCGUUGGACGCUUCACAAGGAUCCACGCUCUCAUCACAGGGUGGGUUUGUGACGACGGACGAGAUGGCAACACAGGACACCAUGGCCACGCUCUCGCAGGACACGGUGCAAGGCAACACGCAGUCGCAGCACGGCUUCCACUCGCAAGACACCGCAAUAACUGACUACUGAGCGCUUGCGAGGCUUUCCUCGCUCGCGACACGACCACCAUCGCUGCCUCGUUCGCUUGUUCUGCGCCGCUUGUGCCCCAAACACAACACCUCUCUACCACUGCCCCUCCUCCAUUGCAUUUGUGCGCUGAGGUUCGUUCAACGGACGUGUUUAUGAAUCAAUCACACGAGCAACAACAUGGCAAGAGUUCUUUAGCACAGUGUUCUUCACAUGUGUCUUCGAAAACAACACAAGAAGACGCACAAACGCGCCGCAGGCAUGAUGGUUGCACACUACAGAACAUUUACACAGAGGAAAGGAAAAGAAAG